AUGGCCUCUCAAGACACGAAAAACCCGGACCAGUCCAAACGCGGCGUGACAGACGAUCCGCUUGUUUGGAUUGAUUGUGAGAUGACUGGGUUGAACCCCGAUACCGAGGAGAUCAUUGAAAUUUAUUGCUUGAUCACGACAGGCAACCUCGAGCUCCUGGAUGAAGAAGGGUAUCAUGCAAUUGUGCACUUUCCCAAAUCGCGCCUCGACCAGAUGGAUGAGUGGUGCACGAAAACUCACGGAAACUCGGGCCUCACUGAAGCAGUGCUGAACUCGACAACAACACCACAGCAGGCUGCCGAUGGACUGUACGAGUACAUUACCAAGUAUAUCCCGGACAAACGCAAGGGUCUCCUCGCCGGGAACAGCAUCCACGCGGAUCGCACUUUUCUGCGCAAGGCACCGUAUGACAAGGCGUUGGACCACCUGCACUAUCGGUUGCUUGACGUAACAACCAUCAAGGAGGCGGCACGGCGGUGGGCGGCGCCCAAGAUCUCCAAGAAGGUCCCCAGCAAGAAGGGCACGCACAAAGCUAGAGACGACAUCCUCGAGAGCAUCGAAGAGGCGAAAUACUACCGCAAUGUCAUUUUCGGGCGUACCUUGGACUAA